CUCAAACCAUCCAAAAACAUGCCAAGGUCAACAACUACUACUUACUUUGCUAAAUCAAGACUAAGAGCAACAUUUUUGAGUUCUUGAAGAACCCAGGCUGACACUGUGAAGCAGAUGGAUAGCAAUUUUAAGGCAACCUCUUUCAAUAUUCCAGAAUGCGUUUUGGCCUCCAGUGGCAGGCGAAUGCCGCUUUUGGGCUUUGGCACUGCAGCUUCUCCACCUGUAGGAUCAGAACUUACGAAAACGGCGAUUUUCCAAGCAAUGGAACUUGGUUACAGGCACUUUGAUACAGCUUGCUUGUACGGGACAGAGCAGCCACUUGGUGAAGCAAUCGCAGAAGCACUUUCGGUUGGCUUAAUUAAAUGUCGAGACGAGCUCUUCAUCACUUCCAAGCUUUGGUGCGGCGAUGCCCAUGGGGAACUUGUUCUCCCUGCCCUUCAGAGGAGCUUACGAAAUCUCAAGUUGGAGUAUCUUGAUCUUUAUCUCAUUCAUUGGCCAGUGAGCUCAAAACCAGGGAUUUAUGAAUUCCCCAUUAAGCAGGAAGAUUUCCUCCCAAUGGAUUUCAAUUUGGUAUGGAAAGCCAUGGAAGAUUGCCAAAGGCUUCGCCUCACAAAAAGUGUUGGCGUUAGCAAUUUUUCCUGCAAAAAGUUGGCUGACAUCCUAGCCUUUGCAAAGAUCCCUCCAGCUGUUAAUCAGGUGGAAUUGAACCCACUGUGGCAACAAAAGAAGCUAAGAGAGUUUUGCAGGACAAAUGGUAUCCUCUUGACAGCUUACGCUCCAUUGGGAGCCAAAGGUACCAUAUGGGGCAGCAACAGAGUUCUGGAGUGUGAAUUGCUCCAAGAAAUAGCUAAGGAAAAAGGAAGGACCGUUGCUCAGAUUUGUCUGAGAUGGGCGUAUGAGCAAGGGAUAAGUAUAUUAGUGAAGAGUUUCAACAAGGAGAGGAUGAAAAGCAACCUUGAGAUAUUCAACUGGACUUUGAGCGAAGACGAGGUGAAAAAGAUCAAUGAGAUCCCACAAAGCAGACUUUGCGGCGGUGAAGAUUACAUCUCCAAAUACGGGCCUUUCAGGACUGCUGAGGAACUUUGGGAUGGAGAAAUUUGAUUAAUUUAAUCAUAAAUUUUUAGCUACAGGUUAAUCAUCUGUUAAAUUUUAUUUUUAAUAAAUUAUAUUAAAUCUAGGACGUGUCGUAAUUGAUAUUUAGAUCAUAAAAGCAUAUUUGAUUCUUAAUACAUGAUUUGAUAAUAAAAA